AGAGUUGUUUUUGGCGCAAAAAUUCAGAAAAUUUCUUAGUUGGUGAAUUCCUAAAUUCUCUGAAUCUGUCAUCUUUCUCUACUGUGCUCAUGAAUUUUGAUAUAGAUUGUUUGAUUUCUUCAACGCAGCUACAGUUUCCUUCAUCCAGCAGACGAUUCCGGUGAUCUCCGGUCAGAAUAUUACAAACUAUUGAUUCCGUGAAAUGAAGUUCAAGGCGUUUCUGACUGAAAAUGGUGUGAAUCUCUUAGAGAAGAGGUUUCUUCCAGCGUUUGACAAAAUGGGGAAGAAUUGUCAUCUUCUUCUCACUAAAGAACACUUGUUCUUCCUCCAUAACCUUCUCAAUGGUGAUGGAGUUCAAUGCAUUGCUCAGUUUCGCAAAGAUGUUCUCUUUGAUGAUUACCGUAUCUCGAGCCAGAACGAGGACCGUAUCGCUUUCUCCUUAGAUGUUGCUCUUCUGUAUCGAGCGGUGAAGAGCAGUGUUAGUAUUUGUACUGAGUUCAGUGGUGGAUUAGCUUCAAACAGACUGCAGAUCAAGCUUGUCAAAAAGCUCCCUCCUAACUGUACACAACCGAUGCCUUUCCUCACGUUUGAAACGAAAGGAUACAAGUCUGCAGUUAUUCAAGAUGUUCCGAUUACGAAACCGUUAUCUCGGUCUCAAGUUAUCGAGCUGCAGACUGCUCUUGACUCGGCUCAAGACCUUCCUCCGACUCUUGUUCAAGUUCAAGACUCGAAUCAGUUACAGAACUUUGUUGAUCAUAUGAGACAUGUUGGUGAUGUUCUUAAUGUCACGAUAAGCAAGCACGGUGAUCUGCAAGUGCAAGUCUCAACGACUUUGAUUAGGCUUGGUAUUGAGUUCCAGAGGCUUUCGGUUAUUGGUGAGAAAUCUCAGGCUCCUGUUGAAGAUAGGAACUUAAGUGCUCAGGCUCGUUCAGAGAGAGCUAUUGCUAGAGGAGAUGCUCAGUCUGUGCAAGUGAGUGUAAAACAUUUUUCAAAGAGCCUUCAAUGUCACUUAACUAAACCAGAUUCUACUUUCUAUGGGAUUGCUCCUCAAGGUGCUUGCUUGACAGUGAUCUUCCAGUUCAUGGUUCCCGGAACUCGUCAAACCGAUAAAUCAAUCAGUUUGCAUUGCCGACUUCCCGUGCUUGACCCAGGGUCCAACUGAAUCUUCAUCAGGUUUACUCAAGGUUUAUGUAAUCAAAUGUUGUAGUUUGCUUUU